AUGUGCGGGUUUCUGACGAUCCAUGGACUGACUGAACUUCAUCCUGAGAUCACGACUUUCUUCAAAGGCGAGAUCGUGGGUCCAAAGUUCUCCUUCUUUACUGACAGAGAUUCGUGGGGCUCAAAUUAUAGGAAUGAUCUCCAGCAUUGGGGUCGGUUUCCAAGCUUUCGAAAGCUCGAUUUCAACACCGAGAACGAUUCGGCAAAUGAGGAGAUCUACAGAAACUACCUCAAUAGCGAGUACCUGUAUAUGAGAUGGAAGGAGGUGUUCCUGGUACCAGAUGCGAGUGUCAAGGACAUUAGAGGUGCAUCUUUUGCUGGUUUUUACUACGUUUGUUUCAACCAGUUGACUGGCUCUGUGAGUGGAUUGUACUUCCAUAAGUGCUCUGUCAAGUUCCAGCAAUUGGAACUGUGUCAUGUGCCUGACGGUGGGUGUUCUGCGAGCUAUGAGUAUCAGUAA